CUAGGCUGGCAGUCGGCGGAGCGGUGUCCGAGUCUGAAUCCCGGUACCAGGCGGCGACCAGCACAACUGUGCUCUGGCACUUUUGCAGAAUUAUAUUAGUUAGCGUCUUUUCCCUCCAAUUUUAAAUCAAAUCCCCUGGCUUUCCUCUGAAGCCUUUUGAUAGCCGAUCGCUUUGCUUUAAACAAAUCCACUCAUCUACCUUACGGUUCUCAAAAUGCUUUCGCCUCGCACUCCUCUCGCCGCCAAGAAUGAAAAUGUAAUCUUUACUCAGAUGAAUAACAUCUCUCUUAAGGACAAGGAGAAUACGCCGCCUUCUUUAAGCAGUACCCGGGUCCUGGCCAGUAAAACCGCCCGCAACAUCUUUGCAGAAGCCCAGGUUAAACCCGAAAAGAGCAGUGAGUCGUCGGGAUUACAGAAUGAACCUCUUUUAAAAGAAAAUCCGCGCCGUUUUGUCAUCUUCCCCAUACAAUACCACGACAUCUGGCGGAUGUACAAGAAAGCUGAAGCGUCUUUUUGGACGGCAGAAGAGGUUGAUCUCUCAAAAGAUCUUCAACACUGGGAGUCCUUGAAGCCAGAGGAAAAGUACUUCAUUUCUCACGUCUUGGCUUUCUUUGCAGCAAGUGAUGGCAUUGUAAAUGAGAACUUGGUUGAGCGGUUCAGUCAAGAAGUUCAGGUAACAGAGGCUCGUUGUUUUUAUGGAUUCCAAAUUGCAAUGGAAAAUAUUCACUCUGAGAUGUACAGUCUUCUUAUUGACACCUACAUCAAGGAUUCUAAGGAGAGAGAAUAUCUGUUCAAUGCAAUUGAGACUUUGCCCUGUGUGAAAAAGAAAGCUGACUGGGCACUGCGUUGGAUUGGUGACCGUCAAGCAACAUUUGGUGAGCGAAUUGUAGCUUUUGCUGCUGUUGAAGGAAUCUUCUUCUCUGGAUCCUUUGCUGCUAUUUUCUGGUUGAAGAAGCGAGGUUUAAUGCCUGGGUUGACUUUCUCCAAUGAACUUAUCAGCAGAGAUGAGGGUCUCCAUUGUGAUUUUGCCUGCCUGAUGUUCAAACACUUGGUACAAAAACCUUCAGAGGAGAGAGUACGAGAUAUCAUCCAGGAUGCUGUUCAUAUCGAACAGGAAUUUUUGACUGAUUCUUUGCCUGUAAACUUGAUUGGAAUGAACUGCAUCUUAAUGAAACGUUACAUUGAAUUUGUAGCUGACCGGUUGAUGUUGGAACUGGGAUUCAGUAAGAUCUAUAAAGCUGAAAAUCCAUUUGACUUCAUGGAGAACAUUUCUUUAGAAGGCAAAACUAACUUUUUUGAAAAGAGAGUUGGAGAGUACCAGAGGAUGGGUGUGAUGGCCAAGUCUGCUGAUAAUUCUUUCACACUGGAUGCAGAUUUUUGAAGGGACUGAAUACUUGAAUCUAGGAGUACAAGAUAGGAUUGAAAAGCUGACUUGUGUUAGUUCCGCACAUCACUGACUUUUCAGUUUGCAUUGAUAAUAACCUGGUUUGGGCACUAAACUGAAUUCCAACUAAUUCCAUAGGAAUUGCUGGAGAUUGCACGUUUUAUAGGUUUUUUUAAUGCAGUGGGAGAUGUACAUGUUACUUCAAAUAUGUAACUGUAUAAUUACAUAGUUUACAGCACACAGCAGCAGUGGGUGAAUAUCAUUUUGUUGUAGAGCUACUUGAGUGUGCUUUGGUGCUGUCAGGCAUUUUAUCAAGGAGCACAAAUACUUCAGCCACCAGUGUUUUGUUUAUAGCUGUGUUCAGUGGGUCUUAAUGUGUAAAUAUUUUAGUCAAAAUGCACUUUCUAAAUAAAAUUUCAAAUUCCAUUUUUGUUGUGUUGAAUAGCUACAGCAAAUAAAGGCAGCACUGAGGUGACUCAGUCUCAUUAC